UUUGGCGUGGUGCGCUGUUGUGUCCAUUACCUCCUCAGAAAGUUACAUCAUUGGUAAAGAAAUUAAGUUUACAACAGUGCUUUACAAGCACACUAACUGAGCUAACGGCUAAAAUGGAUCAUCAUUUACAUAUGGAUCAUUCGAAUCAUGAAACGGGGCAUGCGGAUCAUAGCAAUAUGAACCAUGAUAUGGCACACGCAAUGCACGAAGAACAUCAACGAAAUAUCACCCAUCUGAUUGGGAACACAAUAAACGAUAUGUUUAAUACAAGUGAAGACAUGAGCAGUAUGAACUAUAGGUCCGACGUCAGAAGCCCUGAAAGCCAUAGCGGUCAUAGUGGCCACGGAAGCCAUGGGAGCGGACACCACGACCACGGUAGCGGCAGUGGUCACAGCAUGAUGUCGAUGACUUUUCAUGGUGGCUACGUUGAAAAGAUUCUAUUUUCGUGGUGGGAUGUUACUGAAGUAGGAGAAUUUGUUGGCUCAUUCUUUGCAAUAUUUUUCAUGGCUCUACUUUAUGAAGGACUCAAAUAUUACAGGAAACAUUUACUUUGGAAAACAUAUACAGGGCUUCAGUAUUGUGCGGUCUCGCCUCCUGACAAAGGAGUUUCUAAUAUUUGUGCAGCAGAUGAACCUCAAGUUAUACAGCCAGUUCCUCACGUGCUAGAAAGAAAUGUGCCAACAAUGCUGAGUACAGCCCACGCGUGGCAAACGUUUCUGCACGGGGUCCAGGUCCUGGUGAGCUACAUGCUCAUGCUUGUGUUCAUGACCUACAACACGUGGCUGUGUGCAGCAGUAGUGCUCGGCUCGGCCACUGGCUACUUCCUCUUCGGCUGGCGCGAAUCAGUCGUGGUCGACUUCACUGAACACUGUCACUGAUACACCGAAUACCGCGAACGUGAACCAGACUAGUAUUAUUAGUUAAUUACGACCUCGCUCUGUUAUACGCUCAAAUCGUGAACCGACUCCAUGGUGUAUAUUAUCACGUUAUAAGAGGACAGAUUUUGUUUAAGUAGGUACUUUUUGGGCAGCAUUGUUUAUACCAGUUAUAUACGUUUUAGGAUAAUAUACAUAAUAUUUUAGGCUAGUUAUAUAUGAAAUAUAGUAAAAUAUGCUUUUAA